AUGCAUCAACCGUUUUACUACCAAAAACUUGAAGAUUAUGAUUGCGACUGUUCAUCGUAUAUCUUGCUCAAAGAAAACGGCCAAAACUGGCAGAAAGUAUUUAAGCUGACCGAAAGAUCAUAUGAAAGAAGCCCUCUUUAUUUAUACUGGGAGAAUUUACCUAUUGAAAAGGUGAAAUUUCUGGCGAGAGCAACUCAGCGAGAUUUCGUAUUCAUUUUCAAUGGAACAGGGACGGAUUCUACAUCAUGGUACCGAAAUGAUAAACUCAUUGAACAGCCUUUGGCAUGGAACACUCAAUACAACUUUACAUCCAACAAUGAUAUCACAGAACCGUAUUUUCGUAUCGAUUAUGGAGCAACUUCUAAUUACGGUAAUUGGAUGGAAACCAAAAUAGUAAAUGGAACGUACGAAAUUUAUUACAAUUCCAAUGGCAAGUACAAUUCUAUUACAGAAUUGGUCAUCUCAGUCCUUUUCAAGUAGAAUACGUUUUAUUCCAGAAAUUGUGUAUCAUUAUAGUCUUACUUGUAUACAUACAAACAAACAUACGUACAAACAUACAUACAUACAUGCAUACAUGCAUACAUACAUACAUACAUACAUACAUACAUACAUACAUAUGUACGUACGUAUAGCACAUAUACACAGAUAACUAGAUGGACAAACAGACAGACAGUGCAAAUGCAGUGAACAAUAAAAUCAGAUAUUGCAGGAAGGACAAGGUUCAGCUUAAAUGGCAUUAAUUUAACAUUUUAAUGGGGAUAGAAAUAGUUGUAACAUUAGGGGCGGUAGACCUUUUACUGGAAGAAAGACAAAAGCAUACGGGACUGCGUAAGUGGAGUAGUCAGUGAGUGAGAGAAUAAAGCAGACGAAGUGUUAGGAAAUGCGGUUCUAUGAAAGGAAGUUAAGAAGGAAGGAGGGGUGGGUGUUUGUGUGCAAGUGUAGGCGAGUAUUAAUGUGUGGUAAGUGGCACAAAAGGAACUGGUAUGUGAGUGGUUGUUUGGCGCGUGUGAAGAGAUAGAAACAGACGAGAGUUUUAAGCAAAUGAAAAGGCAAGAGUCAUGAGGAAGAUGUGAUAGAUGUGUGUGUCUAAGAGUAUGGGUGUGAGAUGUCUCUUACACAGAAGGAAGGCUUGAGGUAAAGGAAGCAAAAGAGAGAGAAAAGACACGAGUCCUGUGAGAGAAGAAUGGAGGAAAAAAAUAUCUGAAAAUUACAAGACACAGGUAAAAUCUAAGUCAAAGCAAAUAAGAGAAAAAUACACACACGUGCAGAUAUAUAUAUAUACACACAUAUAUACAUACAUACAUAUAUGUAUGGCAUACAUAUAAGUACGGCGAGCUGGCAGAAACGUUAGCACGCCGGGCGAAAUGCUUAGCGGUAUUUCGUCUGUCGCUACGUUCUGAGUUCAAAUUCCGCCGAGGUCGAUUUUGCCUUUCAUCCUUUCGGGGUCGAUUAAAUAAGUACCAGUUACACAUUGGGGUCGAUAUAAUCGA